CGGAAGCUUUGUACCGUCUCCGCCGCGGUUCCGAGGUGAGGGGUGGGAGAAGUGCGCGGGCCUUGAUGAAUAACUGUCGCCAGCCGCGCUCCCGGGCGGUGCGAGUUGGAAGAACCCAGGCGUGGUCCGACUCGGGUUGUUGCCACCGGUACCCGUUUCCUGGAGCUUGAAUUGGGAGCAGAGUAGUCUCGGUGAUGGCAGGUUUGCCUCCUGAUGUAGCCGCAGCGCUUUAACAUCCGUUCCGCCUCCUUUGAGCUCGGAAAUUCUGCAAGUCAGGAAAACAGCUAUCAACUUUUGCCAAAAUGUCAGGAAUUGGAAAUAAAAGAGCAGCUGGAGAACCUGGCACUUCUGUGCCUCCGGAAAAGAAGACAGCUGUUGAAGAUGCAGGGACCACAGUGGAAACAAUUAAGCUGGGAGGUGUCUCUUCAACGGAGGAGUUAGACAUUCGAACAUUGCAAACCAAAAAUCGCAAGCUGGCAGAAAUGCUGGAUCAGAGGCAGGCCAUUGAAGAUGAACUCCGUGAGCACAUUGAGAAGCUGGAACGACGACAGGCCACUGAUGAUGCCUCACUACUGAUUGUCAACCGGUACUGGAGUCAGUUUGAUGAAAACAUCCGUAUCAUCCUUAAACGUUACGAUCUGGAGCAGGGUUUGGGAGACCUACUCACAGAGAGAAAAGCCCUUGUUGUGCCUGAACCAGAACCAGACUCUGAUAGCAAUCAGGAACGUAAAGAUGACCGAGAGAGAGGGGAAGGGCAAGAACCAGCUUUCUCUUUCCUUGCUACUUUGGCCAGCAGUUCCAGUGAAGAAAUGGAAUCUCAGCUGCAGGAGCGCGUGGAGUCUUCCCGCCGAGCUGUGUCCCAGAUUGUGACUGUUUAUGAUAAAUUACAAGAAAAAGUGGAGCUUUUAUCUCGGAAGCUAAACAGUGGAGAUAAUCUGAUAGUGGAGGAAGCAGUGCAAGAGCUGAAUUCCUUCCUUGGACAAGAGAAUAUGAGGCUGCAGGAAUUGACAGACCUCCUUCAGGAGAAGCAUCACACCAUGUCUCAGGAGUUCUCUAAGUUGCAGAGUAAAGUGGAGACAGCUGAGUCACGGGUAUCUGUCUUGGAGUCCAUGAUAGAUGACCUGCAGUGGGAUAUUGACAAAAUUCGAAAGAGGGAACAGCGACUCAAUCGACACCUGGCAGAAGUGCUGGAACGGGUGAAUUCGAAAGGUUAUAAGGUAUAUGGAGCAGGGAGCAGUCUUUAUGGUGGCACAAUCACUAUCAACGCCCGGAAGUUUGAGGAAAUGAAUGCAGAGCUUGAGGAGAACAAAGAGCUGGCUCAAAACCGUCACUGUGAACUGGAAAAACUUCGCCAAGACUUUGAGGAGGUCACUACCCAAAAUGAAAAGCUGAAGGUGGAAUUGCGAAGUGCUGUGGAGGAAGUGGUUAAGGAAACUCCAGAAUAUCGUUGCAUGCAGUCACAGUUCUCUGUCCUGUAUAAUGAGAGCCUGCAGUUGAAAGCACACUUGGAUGAGGCCCGGACCCUGCUUCAUGGCACCAGGGGAACCCACCAGCGCCAAGUUGAGCUCAUUGAGCGAGAUGAAGUCAGCCUUCAUAAGAAGCUAAGGACUGAAGUGAUCCAGCUAGAAGAUACGCUGGCCCAGGUCCGCAAGGAGUAUGAAAUGCUGAGGAUAGAAUUUGAGCAGACUCUUGCUGCCAAUGAACAAGCAGGCCCUAUAAACCGGGAGAUGCGCCACCUCAUCAGUAGCCUCCAGAAUCAUAAUCACCAGCUGAAAGGGGAGGUGCUAAGGUAUAAGCGGAAAUUGAGAGAAGCCCAGUCGGACCUGAACAAGACACGUCUGCGGAGUGGCAGUGCCCUCCUGCAGUCUCAGUCUAGUACUGAGGACUCUAAGGAUGAACCUGCAGAGCUGAAACAGGACUCUGAGGACUCAGCUACCCAAUCCUCAGCAUCAAAAUCUUCUCAGGAGGAUGUCAAUGAGAUUAAGUCCAAACGGGAUGAGGAGGAGCGAGAACGCGAAAGGAGAGAAAAAGAGAGGGAGCGAGAAAGAGAGCGGGAGAAGGAAAAGGAGAGAGAACGAGAAAAGCAGAAACUAAAAGAAUCAGAAAAAGAGAGAGAUUCUGCUAAGGAUAAAGAGAAAGGGAAACAUGAUGAUGUAAGGAAAAAGGAAGCGGAAAUUAUCAAACAAUUGAAGAUUGAACUCAAGAAGGCACAGGAGAGCCAGAAGGAGAUGAAACUGUUGCUAGAUAUGUACCGCUCUGCCCCAAAGGAACAGAGAGAUAAAGUUCAGCUAAUGGCAGCUGAGAAGAAGUCCAAGGCAGAGUUGGAAGAUCUAAGGCAAAGACUCAAGGAUCUAGAGGAUAAGGAGAAGAAAGAGAACAAGAAAAUGGCUGAUGAGGAUGCCCUGAGGAAGAUCCGGGCAGUGGAGGAGCAGAUAGAAUACCUGCAGAAGAAGCUGGCCAUGGCCAAGCAGGAGGAAGAAGCUCUCCUCUCUGAGAUGGAUGUUACAGGUCAGGCCUUUGAAGACAUGCAGGAGCAAAACAUCCGUUUGAUGCAGCAGUUACGGGAGAAGGAUGAUGCAAAUUUCAAGCUCAUGUCAGAGCGUAUCAAGUCCAAUCAGAUCCAUAAGUUGCUUAAAGAAGAGAAAGAGGAGCUGGCAGACCAGGUUUUGACUCUGAAGACUCAGGUUGAUGCCCAGUUACAAGUAGUAAGGAAACUAGAAGAGAAGGAGCAUCUGUUACAGAGCAACAUUGGCACAGGGGAGAAGGAGCUGGGUCUUAGGACCCAAGCCUUAGAGAUGAACAAACGCAAGGCAAUGGAGGCAGCCCAACUUGCAGAUGACCUCAAAGCACAGUUGGAGUUGGCUCAGAAGAAGCUACAUGAUUUUCAGGAUGAGAUUGUGGAGAACAGUGUCACCAAAGAAAAGGACAUGUUCAAUUUCAAACGAGCUCAGGAGGACAUCUCUAGACUUCGAAGGAAACUUGAGACCACAAAGAAACCAGACAAUGUACCCAAAUGUGAUGAGAUUCUGAUGGAGGAGAUUAAGGAUUACAAGGCACGUCUGACCUGUCCAUGCUGCAACAUGCGUAAAAAGGAUGCUGUACUUACCAAGUGUUUUCAUGUGUUCUGCUUUGAGUGUGUGAAGACACGCUAUGACACCCGCCAGCGCAAAUGUCCCAAGUGUAAUGCUGCUUUUGGUGCCAAUGAUUUCCAUCGCAUCUACAUUGGUUGAACCAAGUUACGAGAAGAGAAGCUGACUAGACAGGCACUUAUUCAUUAACCACCAGACCUCUACCUCUUCUCUCCUUGACAGUUUGUCAACUACCUUUCCUCUAUAGACUUUAUGUCCGAGCUCUCCUCUCCAAUAGCUAGAUGACUUCAGGGGACAGGACUGGUAAAUGCAAGUCUUGGGUUUUAGAAUGAAUUAGAAACAAUUCUUAUUUUUCGUCGCUACCAGCUUUGUUUAUUUCCGGUUUUUACACUUUUCAACAUUUUCUUCUUCAGGCCCAUCAUUCCUCCUGAAGAAGUUACGUUGGUAUUUUUUUGACAUGGAAAGGGAACAAAGUAGAAACAACACUAUUUUGGGGGAGUGAUCUUUUAAAAGUAAGCUAUCUGUGGGCACAAACUUUUCUUGAUUUGGGUAGUAUACAUUUUGUAAACUUAGAUUAUAAAAUAGUAUAGUUGUACUACUCUUUCCUGGAUGGUUUGAAGCCUUAAUGAAAUUAUGUCCAGGAUAAUUCAAUCCAUUUUCCCUUUACUAGCAAAGUAACUUUUAAGGUCAGCUGGCUUCCUUGUUGAAGUUAUUUAAGUUUUGAAUUCAGCUACUUGACGUCUUUGAAUUUCUUGAGGCCAGAAUAAUGUCAAAUGAUAUAACACCCUUUGUCUUCUGAUGAAAUCAAGAUUGGAGAGGAUUGGGGGGGGGGGGGGCAAAACUAAGAAGGUGAAGAGAUUUUUCUGGGUGCUCUGGGAACCCAACACAGAGAGGCCUCGGGGAGCCAUGAAUUACUCUCAUCCUCUUCUCCACAGGGGUUCUUGUAAUCCCUGUUUUCCAAAAGAUCCUCUGUAAUGUUUUGUGGGACUUUAUACUGCACAAGCUUCAAUUAAAGCAGGACUCAGUUUGCACAUUGUGUUUGUGGUUUUUCUCUGAUACAUUUUUUUAAUUACUCACUGAUUUUACACCUGCUAUUCUAGGAAUGCUCUUGAAUGAAAUAAUCAGCUUAGAUUAAGAGACUGGCUGCAUUUAAAAUAUUUAGUUCUUUGAUUAAUUGAAGCACUUUUCUCCUAGUUGUUUUAUUGCAUUUGUUCUGAGGAGAGAUUAUGCUUAAACUACUCAGUUCUCUUCCAUAGUUCACUGUUGAGUGUAAUAGGUUGUGAUUUGUUGUUCUGUGGGUCUAAAGUUGCCUGGCUCUUUGAGAGUUCUUGAAUUUUUUUUUAAAGGUUUCCUAGUGUCAUUUUUUGUUGGUGGUGUUUUUUUUAAAGAUUUAUUUAUAUAUUUGAAAGGCAGAGUUACAAGAGAGGCAGAGAGAGAGGGAAGUUGUCCACUUGCUGGUUCAACUCCACAAAUGGCCACAGUGGUCAGAGCUGGGUCAAUGUAAAGCCAGGAGCUUCCUCCAGGUCUCCUACAUGGGUGCAAGGGGCCCAAGGAGUUAGGCCAUCUUGUACUGCUUUUCCAGGCCAUAGCAGAGAGCUGGAUCGGAAGUUGAGCACCUGGGACUCGAACUGAUGCCCAUAUGGGAUGCAGGCACUGCAGGCGGCAGCUCUACCCACUAUGCCAUGGCACCGGCCCUAUGAAUUGUUAAGUUUUGUAAUAACUAGCGUGUCAGAGGAUUUUUAUGCCCCUGAUAAGGGCAAUAUUAAGUGGAUCCCUGUGGAUCAUCACUUGCCCUAGAAGCUGGUUAAUGGCAAAGUUCUUGUUUUGUGUUUACUAGCAGGGCUAGUAAUGUAUUCCACAAAGUCAUCUGAUGUGACUUAAGAAAUAAGUCUACUUGCAAGGAUCGUACAAGGUCUCUGGAGGCCAUGGAUCCCUUGAUUUCCAUUCACCCUGCCAAGCGCACACACUCAUACACAAUGAUAGGAUAAGAUCCUGCUGAACACACUGUUUGCAUUCAGUGAAAAGAUGCUUUUGCUGCCUGCUCUUAGAAGAAAGGCUUGAGAAUAACUUUGUUGGCUGGGGGACAAGUAGACUUAUUGGGCAGCGGGUGCUUUGGGUUUGAAUAUUACUUAUUUUGUGACUGUUGUCUGAGAAUGCCAGCUGCCUAGUACCAGGAUACCAUGGGGUGUGUGCAAUAUUGUGGAGGAAAAUACUAAUGCCAUGGUAUGCUGAAUUUAGGGGAAGUUCCUGUAGUUGAGGAGAGCAGAGAGCCCCUGAUCCCAACUAGCUUUAGAUCUGUAAGGUGAGCUUUCAAUGCCCUUUUCAGGUAACGACCCAAAACAGUGGUGAUUUUUAUGGCAGUUCAGCCUCUCUCUACAGAAGAGGUGAGUGGGCUUCAAGAAUACUUCAAAUUGCACAGAAAAUUUCAUCUGGAUUGCAUGUGCAUUAUUUGUAGGUCUUUUCAGAUGCUUAAAGGCAUUUUGAAGCUUCAUGAUCCCCAAAAAGUUAGAAAUCACAGCUGUAGAUCUUUAGGAACUUUAAAGGGUAAUUUCUUUGAAUUAAUGCUUUCCAUAAAUAUGCAUUGGAGGUGUCUCAUCUUACAGAUCUUGUAGGAAUGAUCUCACUCUUCUUUAUUUAUUUUUGGUCUCUUUUGUUGUUAUUUAGCAAUGUCAUUGUGAUUUUCACCAAAAUCACAUGUCUUGUCAGGCAGGUAUCUUAACCAUAUGACUUGGCUCUUACUGUCCUACUUACUCCAGGGAUUUUUUUUUUUUUUAGAAGAUACUGAGCUGUUUCUGCUACUAUUGUAGUCUUACAUGAAUUUCCAGUGGAUUCUUGUUUUUUCUUAGUCUCUGUGCAAAUUUAUCACUGUUCUUUAAGAGCAUGAGUUCUGUGCCUAUGGUAUAAUGUGCAAACCACUAGAGUGAUUUUAUGCUGUGAAGACAAACAAAUUAGUGUCCAUCUACUUAGACCUUCUGGGAUGAUAAUGCUGGUUUUCAUAGGAGCUUGUAUACUGGUCUUUAUUCCCAUGUGUUGUAUGGAAAGCCUUUAAAUUUUGUUCCUUUUUUUUUUUUUUUUUCCUGAGAACUGUCAGUUGGCUGAUAUAUCCAAGCCCCAGUGGGUCUGCAGAAAAAUUUUGAGUAGUUGCUGCCAUAAAAGUCUACCUGACUGUUGGGAUAAUACAGCUACACUGAGAGCAAAUAGAAAAUUAAUGUGUGGGGCUAUCGCUGUGGUGUAGCAGGUAAAGCUGCUGCAUGCAGUGCUGACAUCCUGUACGGGCGCUGGUUCAAGUUCCGGCAGUUCGACUUCUGAUCCAGCUCUCUGCUGUGGCCUGGGAAAGCAGUGGAAGAUGGCCUAAAUGCUUGGGGCCCUUUACCCAUGUGGGAACCCAGAACAAGCUCCAGGUUCCUGGCUUCGAAUAGGUGUAGCUCUGACUGUUGAGGCCAUUUGGGGAGUGAACCAGAGGAUGGAAGACCUUUCUCUCUCUGCCUCUCCUCUCUCUGUGUAACUCUGCCUUU